AUGACCAGAAAUUUUGAUUUUAUGUUUAAUGAGGCUUUGUAUGGCAAAAGAAGAUGGCAAGAUAACACACUCAUAGAUAAUUGGAUCGAUGAGUGUUUACUCGAAAAUUCUGAAGAAGAAGAUAUCGAUAGAAGCUCUAUCCCAACUACUCGUAGAUGGAUCAACAGAGAUCAAGAAGCAGAACAUGAUCGCCUUUUUCAAGAUUACUUUGCAGAUGAACCGGUGUAUAAUGCUGACAUUUUCCGACAGAGAUUUCGAAUGAGAAGACAUGUGUUCCUUCCGAUAGUAGUCGCUCUCUCAAACGUCUAUCCAUAUUUCCAGCAAAGGGUUGAUGCAACUGGAAGAAGAGGCUUGUCGCCACUCCAAAAAUGUACCGCUGUGAUACGGAUGUUAGCAUAUGGCAUAGCAACUGAUGUUGUUGAUGAUUAUGUAUGCAUAGGCGAGAGCACUACAAUUGAAUGCUUGAAAAAGUUUGUUGAAGGUGUCAUUUCGGUGUUCAAGGAUGAAUACUUGCAAAAACCCAAUCCAAAUUACGUACGACACCUACUACAAAUGGCGGAGGGUCGUGGCUUCCCUGGCAUGUUGGGUAGCAUUGACUGCAUGCAUUGGCAAAAGAAAAAUUGUCCAAAGGCGUGGAAAGAUUAUUCUCCAGUGUUCGAUGAUAUUCUAAAUGACUGUGCUUCGGAGGUAAAUUAUACUAUUAAUGGUAAUAAUUAUACUAUAGGAUACUAUUUAGCAGAUGGUAUUUAUCCUGAAUGGGCCACAUUUGUCAAAUCAAUCUCAAAGCCACAAGGAGAGAAACACAAGUUAUUUGCACAAUACCAAGAAGUGCAAAGAAAAGAUGUGGAGCGAGCGUUCAGAGUGUUGCAAGCACGCUUUGCAAUUAUACGUGGUCCAGCUCGCUUUUGGAAAAAGAAGAAGCUUGCCAACAUAAUGAGAGCUUGUAUUAUAUUGCAUAAUAUGAUUGUUGAGGAUGAAAGAGACACUUAUGCAGGAAAUUUCGCUCAAGGCUUAGAAUAUGAUGAUGUCAAAAAUGGCUUAUCACAACCUCAAUUGGGAGAAGAAGAUUUUGCACCAUACCAUCAAUUUUUUCAAAGAAAUGCCCAACUUCAAAAUAGGCAGCAGUAUAGACAAUUGAAAGAGGACUUGAUUGAACACAUAUGGUGGGCUAUAAAUAGAAACUGA